CACUCCAACCUUUUCCAACUUUCUUCCACCUUUUUUCCUUUCUGCUUUUCUGUUAAUACACAACUGGCCCAACUGCUCUCAACACAACCUCCCCUUUAUCUUCCCACACUUGAGUGACUUCCAAGAACCAACUAAAUCAUCACAUUCACCUUCAAACUUCCAAUCUUUCUUCCUUAAUUCCCAUAAAAACACUCACCCAUUUGGGCAUUUUUAUCCAAAGGUUUGUUACUCAGUUGCUUCAAGAAUUCAUAUUUUUUCAUAUUCAUCUUCAAAGUUCCAAUCUUUAUUCCUUAAUUCCCAUAAAAACAGACACCCAUUUGGGCAUUUUGAUUCAAAAGCUUGAUACCAAUCUUCAAGAAUUCAAAAUCAACAUAUUUUUCUCCAAAUUUAUAAUCUUUCUUCCUUAAUUUCCCCAAAAACAGACACCCAUUUGGGGAUUUUAGCUCAUAAGCUUGAUACUAAUUAGUGGGUUGCUUCAAGAAUGGAAAAAGAUGGCUUCUUUAACAAUGAAGGCAAUGGAAUGGGAAUCCCACAAGCCUGGAAUUCAAUCUUUGGAAUGGAAUUAGAAACCCAAGUUCCCAAUUGCUUUGUCAAUAGCAAUUGGGAUAAUUCAAUGGAUCAGAGCGAUCCCUUUGAAUCUGCAUUGAGUUCCAUAGUCUCAUCUCCGGUGAACUCGCACUCCGGAAUCCCGAAUUCCGGAGGUGAGAAUAUGGUUCUCAAGGAACUGAUUGGUAGAUUAGGAAUCAUAUGUAAUUCUGGAGGAGACAUUUCACCUCAAUCCUGCAUUGUUGGAAACAGUAGUUCCAACACAUCAUGUUACAACACUCCAUUGAAUUCACCACCUAAGCUCAAUCUAUCAAUCAUUGAUCAUGGGAAUUCAAUUCCCAGGAAUCAUCAAUUCCCACCUGCUCCAUUCCCACAUAUGGUGGAAUCAGGAAAGUUGUCAAGAGUGUCAAGUAAUCAGUCUUUUAAAACUGCUGAAUACCCAAUUCCCACUCCCAUUCCAGCCUCUGAUAAGAAACUAAGCAGGCUAUCUUUGAUUCCAGAUAAUAAGGAAUUGGAUAGUUCAAUGGAGGAAUCAUCACUUUCUGAACAAUACCCAAAUGGGGAAACUGGAAUAAAAAGUCAAAGUACCUAUUCCAAUGGCAGAAAGAGAAAGGUAAUCCCUAAGGGGAAUGGAAUAGAAACCCAUUCCAGUACUUUGUCUGCUAAAGACAGUGAGGCUGUAGAGGAACCAGAGAAAGAGGUAUCAGAUGCAAAAAGAAGCAAGUCAGGUGAAGAAGGGAAUGGAAUUGAAAAAGAAAAGGAAGAGGGGAAUCAGAAACCUACAAAGGAAAAUGCGAAACCGGAGCCACCGAAGGAUUACAUUCAUGUUAGAGCGAGAAGGGGUCAAGCUACUGAUAGCCAUAGUCUUGCGGAAAGGGUCAGAAGAGAAAAGAUCAGCGAGAGAAUGAAGUUCCUUCAAGAUCUUGUCCCUGGUUGUAACAAGUUGACAGGAAAAGCUGUUAUGCUCGACGAGAUUAUAAACUACGUGCAGUCGUUGCAAAGACAAGUCGAGUUCUUGUCGAUGAAACUAGCAAACAUUAAUCCUAGGACGGAUAUGAACAUGGAAGCGGUUUUAUCUAAAGACACUCGCGCUUCCAUGUUAAAUACCAUGAACAACAUGGAUGCACUGGCUCAGCCGCUCUACGUCAUGGCUCACAACGGUCCACAGAACCCAUUGACAUCAAUGAUGCACCAUGGAUCAAACAUGAAGUCAUCACAAAUUGAUGGGUUCGGUGAAGCUUCGGCGUUCUGGGGAAAUGAUCUUCAGAGUGUCGUACACACGGGGUUCAGCCAAAAUCAUGGACCGAGCUUCUACGGAACAAUGGGCACGGGUCAAAUGAAAGUUGAGCUAUGAUACUGACCUUGUUGACAUAGUUAUUUAGGCGAUUACGCAAGAAGAUCAUUUGUAUAGCUAAAAGAAGAAGACAUAUAUCUUCACCUAUUUUUACAAGAAAUUGUUUGUAUAAUUUUAGAGCUAGUUUGUACAAGUUUGUGGGGAUAAAGUAUGUAAAAUGUUGUAACAUGUUGCAACCUUGUUUUCUCUACAUAUUUUCUUAACAUUAUGAUAAAUCUAAUCAUUAUUUUUUGUUUG